UUCACCUUGAUCAUCGUUCACGUGGGCAUAGGAAACGUUAAGGAUUUGUGCGGUUUUUUUUUUAAAGCAUGGACAGCAUUCUUUCUUGUUUUAAAGACAAAGUCGGCGAGGUAGUUUUACCAGGAGACGUAUUCUCAUUGGACUUGUCAGAUGUGGAGAACAAUACAGUUAAAUCUGAAAAGAUAAUAUGCGGCCCAGGGCUUCGACGUAACGGAGACGAAAUCCUGGUGUCCAAGAGUGGCAUCCUUCGCCACAGAUCACCCAAUCUCUACUGGAUAGAUUCUCAACAAAAGCGGUAUGUUCCAGCUAAGGGGGAGAGCGUGAUUGGUGUAGUAACGGCGAAGUCAGGAGACUCCUUUAAAGUGGACGUGGGAGGCAGUGAGCUCGCGUCGCUGUCCUACUUGGCGUUUGAGGGAGCCACGAAAAGGAACCGACCCAACGUCCAGGUGGGGGAUCUGGUGUACUCUCAGUUCGCUAUUGCAAAUAAAGACAUGGAACCAGAGCUGGUGUGUAUCGACAGCUGUGGACGGGCCAACGGGAUGGGUGUGUUUGGAGCAGAUGGGCUUCUCUUCAAGGUUUCUUUGGGGUUAGUGCGCAGGCUACUCAGCCCUCAGAGUGAGAUAAUCAAGGACCUGGAGAAGCUCUUCCCCUUUGAGAUGGUGGUGGGUUUGAAUGGCAGGGUUUGGGUGAAGGCCAAUGGCAUUCAGAAGACUCUGAUAGUGGCCAAUCUACUGGAGAGUUGUGAGAACAUGACCCCGCAGCAGAGACAGGCACUAUUCAAGAGAGUGGCUGAGGGCUCCCUCUAGUGGACAAAACCAGGCCCUGUUUUCUACGUGGCCCAGUGACUUUGUACGCUGAUGUCACCAGAUGAUCUCAGGUGUGGUACUUGAGGGCAACCUGCCACAUGAUUGUCGUGAUAUCAGGAAUCUUUAUGACACACAUGAGUUCGACUUUAUUGAUUGCUUGAUGAAACCAGAGAGUGUGAGAACAGUGAUGUUGGACUCUGCAGCGAGAGGCUUUCUCUUUGUGCCCUGAUGCGCUACUUUUUUUUGUACACAAAUAAAUGACAUUUUGUGAGAUGGAAGAUUCAUAUGAGUAUUGUAUAUGAGUGUCUUACACAGAGCCUGCAGGGGAAACUGGAAAACACAGACCAUUUGUGACAGGUUUAUGUAAUCACGAUAAAAAUGUCAUGUUGAUAAAUCUGUCAUUGUCUACACAGGAGUCUCAGCACUAAUGCUCAGAAAAAUAACUUUAUUUUAAAAAUAUAAAAUUCCCUUGACCUGCACAAUAAUAAAUUACACAGAACUGCUAACCAUGGGCUAGGUACUGGCUGACCAAUACACUGUAACUACUCUGCUAGUGUGAUUGUGGGCCUGUUUUAGGUAUGUUGUUGCUAGUUUCCCCUUAUUAAAAGAAAUCUUUCUGAA